AUGGCUUUAAUAAGAAUGGAAGAGUUGAAAAGCAUCCCUGUGUUCAAUGGCCGAACAGACCCAGUGUUGGAUGAUGUUGGCGAAGCCUUUCAACUUAUGGGAGUUAGUCUACACGAACUGGAAGACUAUAUCCACAAUAUUGAACCUGUCACUUUCCCACAUCAAAUUCCAUCAUUUCCCGUUAGCAAGAACAAUGUACUUCAGUUUCCCCAGCCUGGAAGUAAAGAUGCAGAGGAAAGAAAGGAAUACAUUCCUGACUACAUGCCACCCAUCGUGUCUUCUCAAGAAGAGGAGGAAGAAGAGCAAGUGCCCACUGAUGGGGGCACGUCAGCAGAAGCCAUGCAGGUUCCCUUGGAAGAAGACGAUGAAAUGGAGGAGGAAGAAAUCAUUAAUGAUGAGAACUUCCUGGGUAAGAGACCGCUGGACAGUCCUGAAGCUGAAGAAAUGCCGGCCAUGAAGCGGCCACGGCUACUCAGCACUAAGGGAGACACCCUGGAUGUAGUUUUAUUGGAAGCUCGGGAACCACUCAGCUCAAUAAACGCACAAAAGAUCCCACCGAUGCUGUCUCCAGUCCACGUACAGGACAGCACAGACCUGGCUCCCCCGUCGCCAGAGCCACCAAUGUUGGCUCCAGUUGCAAAAUCCCAGAUGCCAACUGCAAAACCAUUGGAGGCAAAGUCAUUUACACCUAAAGCAAAGACUAAAACUGGCUCUCCAGGACAGAAGACUAAGUCACCUAAAACUACCCAGUCACCAGCAAUGACCGGAAGUCCCAUCCGGUCACCAAAAACUGUAUCCAAAGAAAAGAAGUCACCUGGACGUUCUAAGAGCCCCAAAAGCCCCAAAAGCCCCAAGAUUAUGACUCAUAUUCCCCAAGCACCCGUCAGACCCGAUACACCAAAUAGGACUCCUUCAGCUACACUAUGUGAAAAAAUUAGUAAAGAGACUCUGCAGGUGAAACAGAUACAAACGCCUCCUGACGCUGGGAAACUGAACAGUGAGAACCAGCCGAAAAAGGCUGUGGUGAUAGACAAAACGAUCGAUGACUCCAUCGAUGCUGUGAUUGCACGAGCCUGUGCGGAGCGAGAGCCAGAUCCUUUUGAAUUUUCUUCUGGAUCAGAAUCUGAAGGAGACAUUUUUACCAGCCCCAAGAGAAUUUCAGGUUCGGAGUGUACCACUCCCAAAGCUUCCACUUCCUCAACCAAUUUCACGAAGUCAGGAUCCACUCCGCUGCCUCUUUCAGGCGGAACCUCCAGUUCUGAUAACUCAUGGACGAUGGAUGCCUCGAUCGAUGAGGUAGUGCGUAAAGCAAAAAUGGGGAUGCCUUCCAAUAUGCCUCCCAACUUUCCCUACAUCUCUUCUCCGUCAGUGUCUCCCCCUACUCCCGAGCCCCUCCACAAAGUGUACGAGGAGAAAGCCAAGCUGCCGACAUCCGUGGAGGUGAAGAAGAAGUUGAAAAAGGAGCUGAAGACUAAAAUGAGAAAGAAAGAAAAGCAGAGGGAUAGGGAGAGGGACAAGGACAAAAGCAAGGAGAAAAGUAAAGAGAAGGAUAAAGUGAAAGAGAAAGAAAAGGAAGCUGGCAAGGAAACGAAGUAUCCAUGGAAGGAGUUUCUUAAAGACGAAGAUUCAGAUCCCUAUAAAUUUAAAAUAAAAGAAUUUGAAGAUGUGGACCCCAAAGUGAAAUUGAAAGAUGGAAUUGCGAGGAAGGAGAAAGAGAAGCAUAAAGAUAAGAAAAAAGAUAGAGAAAAGGGCAAAAAAGAUAAAGAGAAGAGAGAAAAAGACAAAGUGAAAGAUAAAGGGAGGGAAGAGAAGAUGAAAGCGCCCCCGGCCCCUCUGGUGUUGCCCCCGAAGGAAAUGGCCCUGCCCCUGUUCAGCCCCGCCGCAACUGUGAGGCUCCCAGCCGUGCUGCCUGCCUUGUCACCGAUGCUUCCGGAAAAACUGUUUGAGGAGAAAGAGAAACCUAAGGAGAAGGAGAAGAAGAAAGACAAGAAGGAGAAGAAGAAGAAGAAAGAGAGAGAGAAGGAAAAGGAGAAGAAAGAGAAGGAAAGGGAGAAAGAGAAAAGAGAGCGAGAGAAGAGAGAAAAAGAGAAGGAGAAACACAAGCAUGAAAAAAUAAAGGUGGAGCCCGUGGUUCCCGCUCCAAGCCCAGUUAUACCCAGAUUAACUCUCCGCGUUGGUGCUGGCCAAGACAAGAUUGUCAUCAGCAAGGUGGUUCCCGCCCCCGAGGCUAAGCCGGGCCCUUCCGUGAAUAGGCCGAAGACCCCGCCUCCAGCCCCCGGGCCUGUCCCUGGGCCUGUGCAUGUGGGCCCCGCCCCGGUGCCACUGCCGCUGCUGGCCCAGGCCACCGCCUGCCCCGCCCAGCUGCCAACCCCAGGCCCCGCGGCCUCCGGGGCCGCCGGCGCCAAAGCUCCUGUGCGCAGCGUGGUGACUGAGACCGUCAGCACCUACGUGAUCCGGGACGAGUGGGGCAACCAGAUCUGGAUCUGCCCCGGGUGCAACAAGCCGGAUGACGGCAGCCCCAUGAUCGGCUGCGACGACUGUGACGACUGGUACCACUGGCCCUGUGUCGGGAUCAUGGCGGCGCCCCCCGAGGAGAUGCAGUGGUUCUGUCCCAAGUGUAACACCAAGAGGAAAGACAAGAAGCACAAGAAGAGGAAGCACCGGGCCCACUGACGUCCCCUGGGAGUCAUCGCCUCUGGAGGGGCUGGUGCAAUUCCGCGACACCCCGACCCCGGCUUCCUGAGGACGGAGGCCUGGGACAGGAACAGCCGGCCGGGCCGGGCUCCCCCUCGACGGGUUGGCCUGCCACUGCUGGGGUGAUUGAAGGAGAUUGGGCAGGCGUGGCCUUCCCAGUGCCAGGACAAGGAGCACCAAUCAGAGAGCAUCGUCUUCCUUCCGUCUGACUCUCUCCAGGCCUUUCUCUGGGGGUGUUAGAUGAGAAGAUAAGGUGUGAGCCACCUGCCUGUAACUCGAGGACGGCUCAUUGGUCUGUAUACAGUUUUCAGCUCUUCCCUCUCUAGUAAGAUAAUCAUAAUAGCAUAAAAGAAAGCUCCACUUGGAGCACUGGUCAAUAUUUUUGUGACAAGAAUAUAUGAAGCUUCCCUCCCCCACCCCCCCCACCCCCGUUUUUAGUACUAACAUGUAAAAUGUUCAGGCUUUUGUGAAAUACCUUAUAUUUUUUAAGAAAAGGUUUCUAUCAUGUCCUGUUUGCUUUUGUGCAAAUUAUUUUUGUUUACUCUAAUGUAUUUUUUACUUCUGUUGCAUUCUAAUUUUGCCUCCUUUAAACUGCUGGAGUGUCUUCUCACUGCUUGUACAUUUCAUCAACUUGUAUAAAAAGUUCAUACGGAGAGAUUGCCCCUAAUGUAAAUAAUAAAUAUUUAUGAAGUAGUUAUUUUUAAAUUUUUAUCGUGUUUAAUUCUGGCUUUCUCUGAAAUCCACUGUGAUUUCAGCCAUGUCUGUAACUGCGCUGUCCGUGAGAGAGAAGGCUGGCGCGACAGCCCGGCUCAGAGUCCUCACCGCCAGCUGGCCCCAGCAGUGUCCAGGAGGACGCAGGGCGUAGCCUGAGCUGGGCGAAGGAUGAGGCCGUUGCAGUCUGGAGGCUGUGAUUGGAAGUGGUUCUCUUUAGGAUCUAUUUUGCGUUGGGACGUUUCUUUGACUUACUUUUAUUACAAGGACAUCGACGUUCCAUGAGAGUAAAGAAGAACCAUAUACUGUAUUUGUGUUUAUAUUGUCUUAUUUCUGCAGAUCUGUUCGUUGAUAUUGUGCUUUACAGCUGAAAUGAAGUAUAUUGUGAAUUUUUUUUUUUUAAGAAAACUCAUCAAAUUUCAGGGUACCACAAACUUUAUUAUAUGUUAUACUGCCCACUAUUUAUUAUAUGUUAUAGAUGUCAGAGGUAAAUCAGAUAUUUUAUUUUUAAUGUAAAAACAUCAAAUUUAACUUUAUUAGCCUAUUUUAGCAACUUUGGAAUAAACAUGGACUUUACUUGAUUUUGAAAUAAUCCCCAUUUGGGCCCGUGUGAUGGAUCUCUUGACUGCUAGAAUGUGGGCUUUGAACCUGAUACCGAUAUAUGAACAGAAAAUGUGACUUUCUGAAUGCCAAGUAGAUCGAUACUAGUGUAUGAUUAGUGAUACUUUACAGCAUGACGUGUGGCUAGGGAAGUGCGGCUUCUGCCGUGAACGUCGGCUUGUGGAUCAGCGGACACGGCGUCGACCUUCCCAAGUGCAGGUGCCGCUGCCCUCUCGGCUCCAGGGCCAGAGUUUUCCUGCCUCUGCAGGGAAGCACAGCGUCAGUGUUGAGAUGUGUGGUUUUUGUUUUAUUACUUUGAGAUCAUUCUCAAUACUUGAUAUUUUCCCAUGCACAGAUGUGCCCAUUAGUGCUUUUUGGAGAGGGAUGAGGGGUGGAAGAAGUGCAAAAUAAAGAUUAUUGGCCAUUUCCUA